CCGAACUCGGGCUACAGAUAGACACCGCUUCUACACAACAACAGUCAUGGCUACUCCAGUAUCGAGUCUCCGCAAAAUCAUCGUAACCGGCGCGACAGGAAAGCAAGGCGGCGCGCUCAUCGAAGCUCUCCUCGCACGACCAACACCCACCUUCGAGAUCUACGCCAUCACACGCAAGAAGUCCUCAUCUUCAGCCCAACGCCUCCUCUCAAGACCAAACGUCCACCUCGUCGAAGGCGACUUCUCCAACCCAGCCGCCAUCUUCUCCCAAAUCAAAGACCCAUGGGGCCUCUUCAGCGUAACAAUCCCCACCAACGCCACCAAAGAAGAAUCCCAAGGAAAAGCCAUGACAGCAGCCGCCCUCUCCUCCGGCAUCAAACACAUAGUCUUCACAGCCACAGACCGCGGCGGUCCCCAAAUCUCCUCCACCAAUCCAACCCCAAUCCCCCACUUCGCCAGCAAAUACAAAAUCGAACAAGACAUAAUCACCCAAACCCCCUCCCACAACGCAACCUACACCUUCCUCCGCCCCGUCGCCUUCUUCGAAAACAUUUCCAACAACUUCCUCGGCCGAGCCUUCAUCUCCAUGUGGCGCCUCAACUCCCCCAACUCAAAACUCCAACUCAUCUCCACAUCCGACAUAGGCCUUAUCGCAGCCCAAGCCUUCCUACACCACUCCUCCCCAAAAUACAAAAACCAAGCCAUCUCCCUCGCAGGCGAAGAAUUAACCCUCCUUGAAGCCCAACAAACCUUUCAAUCCGUGACAGGAAAACCCUUACCAGAAACCUACCCUUUCCUCGCGAGAAUAAUAAAAUGGCUUCUUCAUGAACAAUUGGGUAUAAUGUUUAAUUGGUUUAAAACCCAUGGAUUUGGGGUAGAAGUUAAGAGUUUGAGGGAAGAGUAUCCUUUUUUGAAGGAUUUUCGAAUGUGGUUGGAGGAGGAGAGUGCGUGGAAGAAGAAAUGA